AUGGCAAUCGCCGGGCGUCUCACCGCCGACGAACUCAGCUUCUUCAAUUCUGAAGGGUACCUCGUGGUUGAAUCUUUCGCGAGCUCGGAAGAAAUUGAUGAACUGAGGAAGAGAAUGGAGCAGUUGCUCGGGGAGUUCGAUUGCUCCUCUGCAUCUGUUUUCUCUACCAAAAAUCAGCAAAAGGUAACGGAUGAUUAUUUCUACGAGAGCGCUGAGAAGAUUUCUUUCUUCUUCGAAGAGAAAGCAUUUGACGACGAAGGGAACUUAAAGCAGGCGAAGGAAUUGUCCAUAAAUAAAGUUGGCCAUGCCUUGCAUGAGCUUGAUCCUGUAUUCAAAAAGUUCUCUUGCUCUCCGAGAAUUUCAAGUUUGCUACUGUCCUUGGGCUACAAGAGCCCAGCCAUUGUUCAAUCGAUGUAUAUUUUUAAGCAACCAGGUAUCGGGGGUGAAGUAGUGCCUCACCAGGACAACUCUUUCCUACACACCGAACCAACCACUUGCACUGGCUUGUGGGUGGCACUAGAAGAUGCAACAGCUGUCAAUGGUUGCCUGUGGGCCAUUCCUAGAUCUCAUAGAAAUGGGCUGGUCAGAAGAUUCCUUAGAGGGGAGCAAGGGGUGUACUUCGAUCAGCCAUCGCCUUCUUAUGAGCAGUCGGAUUUUGUGCCUAUUGAAGUGAAAGCUGGGUCUUUGGUCUUAAUUCAUGGUGAUCUCAUACAUCAAAGUUUCGAGAAUCAGUCUCCAAAGUCAAGGCAUGCAUACAGUGUCCAUGCUGUGGACACUGUUGGCUGCAAAUGGUCACUUAACAAUUGGAUGCGAAGAAAAGUGGAUCCAGAGCCACUCUUUUCAUGUUGA